AUGCAUUUCACUCUAGCCCAUGCUGCGUCCGUCCUGGCCUUCUGCUCUGCUGCUUCGGCUGCUCCCGCCAUUGAGUCCAACACAUACGCUGCCGCAAGUGCAACUUCUACUGCCGCCGCUGCUCCUACCGCCAAUCUCGCGGCGCUCGGUCUCAGCAAAACCGCCCAAAUCUUCCUGUCGGACACCCGCGUGGACGCUAUCAACAACGUCCUCACCAAGAACGAGGACUUCGUCUUCAAAUUUCUCGACAAGGCAACAGGCGGCCCCGGUGAAGGCGGCGAGAUCAUUGCUGCCAACCGAAAGACGUUUCCCGCCCUGACCGGGACCGGGAUCGGUGCGGCUUUGGGCAAGCUUGGCCCUUGUGGCUUCAACACUCCCCACGUUCACCCUCGAGCUACCGAAUUGCUUUUCCAGAUCGAAGGCAAAGUUGUCUCGUCCAUGUUUCCCGAGAAUGCGGUGAACAAGGCCGAUGGCACGCCUCGCGAGAUCCUGAACACCAUCAACCCGUUCGAGUCCACUGUCUAUUUCCAGGGCUCGGUGCACUCCCAGUUCAACCCGGAUUGCACCAACUCCACCUUCUUUGCUGCCCAGUCGGCGGAGGACUUUGGCACCGGUCAGGUGGCCCAGGAGCUCUUUGGUACUUCUGACGCCGCUGUUGCUGCUGUCUUUGGCAAUGUCAUCGACGGUGCUGAUGUUGACAAGCUCCGUGGCUCUAUCUCUGUGAAUGUCGCUCUCGGUGUCGAGGAGUGCCUCAAGAAGUGUGGUAUUCCCAAGAGAAAGUGA